AAGAGAUUAAAGGCGUCAAAUGGACUGCUCCACACCUGAGCUGCCGCCAAGCUAACUCAAUCGGAGCCGGCGCAUUUGAGAAGGCGCCUGUGAGGGUCGCUCCUCAGCCGCCGCGCUCCCACUCCGCGUCCCCACUCCGCGCCGCCGCGCCUCUGCCAGCCCCGAAAGUGGACGUGAAGCUCCAACACCUCGACUUCUGGGCCCGCCUCCAUGGCCAGGUCCCGGGACUGCUGGACUGGGACAUGGGGAACGAGCUCUUUCUGGCCUUCACCACAUCUCACCUCCCCUUAGCGGAGCAGAAACUUGCCAGGUAUAAACUCCGAAUUGUUAAGCCACCAAAAUUACCCCUAGAGAAAAAACCCAACCCUGAUAAGGAUGGUCCAGAUUAUGAGCCCAACCUCUGGAUGUGGGUAAACCCCAACAUCGUGUAUCCCCCUGGAAAGCUGGAGGUCUCAGGACGUAGGAAGAGGGAGGACCUGACAAGCACACUCCCCUCCUCUCAGCCACCCCAGAAGGAGGAAGAUGCCAGCUGCUCAGAGGCCGCAGGGGUGGAAUCACUGUCCCAGUCCUCCAGCAAGCGGUCUCCCCCUCGGAAGCGGUUUGCCUUUUCCCCCAGCACCUGGGAGCUCACAGAAGAGGAGGAGGCUGAGGACCAGGAAGACAGCUCCUCUGUGGCUCUCCCAUCCCCUCACAAAAGGGCCCCCCUCCAGAGUCGGAGGCUUCGGCAAGCCAGCAGCCAGGCGGGGAGGCUCUGGUCCCGGCCCCCUCUCAAUUACUUCCACCUAAUUGCCCUGGCAUUAAGAAACAGUUCCCCCUGUGGCCUCAACGUGCAACAGAUCUACAGUUUCACUCGAAAGCACUUCCCCUUUUUCCGGACGGCCCCGGAAGGCUGGAAGAAUACUGUCCGUCACAAUCUCUGUUUUCGAGACAGCUUUGAGAAAGUGCCUGUCAGCAUGCAGGGCGGGGCCAGCACACGGCCUCGAUCUUGCCUCUGGAAGUUGACCGAGGAGGGACACCGCCGCUUUGCGGAGGAGGCCCGCGCCUUGGCUUCCACUCGGCUAGAAAGUAUCCAACAGUGCAUGAGCCAGCCAGAUGUGAUGCCCUUCCUCUUUGAUCUUUAACCCCAAGAAGCAACAGCCAGCUAAUGCUUUAUUAAAAUUACCCUCAGUA